AGAGACAAGGAAGAACAGAUCACGUGAUUAGUCUCAGACCCGGAAGUGUGGUGUCAGUUACUCGGUAAAAUCAAAACAAGUAAGGACUAGCCUCUCUAGAAGCUGAAAAUUAAUUUUCCUGUGAUCACCUGAAGUCAUAUUCGUCUUGACAUGGAUGAAACACUCUUCCAGCUAAAGUUUACUUCCAAGCAGCUUGAGAGGCUGGCCAAGAAGGCAGAGAAGGAAUCUGAAAAAGAGCAGGCCAAGGUCAAGAAGGCUUUGCAACAGAAAAAUGUGGAAUGUGCCAGAGUUUAUGCAGAGAACGCCAUCCGCAAAAAAAAUGAAGGUCUUAAUUGGCUGCGCAUGGCGUCACGCGUCGACGCGGUGGCCUCUAAAGUCCAGACUGCUGUCACCAUGAAAGGAGUGACCAAAAACAUGGGCCAGGUGACCAAGGCCCUAGACAAAGCUCUGAGCUCCAUGGACCUCCAGAAGGUGUCUGCAGUCAUGGACAAGUUUGAAAGUCAAGUACAGAACCUUGACGUCCACACCUCAGUGAUGGAGGACUCCAUGAGCUCGGCAAUGACACUGACCACGCCUCAGGAGCAGGUGGAUGACCUGAUCCAUCAAAUAGCAGAGGAGAGUGGCCUGGAGGUGAUGGACCAGCUCAACCAGUUGCCAGCAGGAGGAACCUCAGUGGGUGCAGAGAGCUCACGGAACCAAGAGAAGGAGGACCAGCUGUCUCGACGAUUGGCUGCUCUACGGAACUGAGGCUCCUCCAGGACCGGUGACGAGGCUCACCACUGCGUGGGAGCAGACGUGCUUAAUGAUGGCGACAGGAGCUCUGUGUGUUUCGAUUGAACUGUUCCUACCGGGAGGACUUUAUGAGGCUAUUGAUUACCACUCCCCUGCUCUAUAAAUACACACACUCACACACGCACACACACACACACACACACACACACACACACACACACACACACACACACACACACACAGACACAGACAUAUACACACAUUGGCUAGAAACACCACCCAAGGAGGCAUGAAUCUCUCUGGUUCACCUUCCCAUUUCGAUCCAUCUCUACUCCCAUUUCUAUUCUCCCCUCUAAUUCCCCACUGGGAUCUCAUUUUUCCUUUUUUUUCCCUCCUUUUUCUCCACUCCUGUUGCUAAACUCGCCAUUUAUCCAAAUCACACACUUUGGAUGUAUGCUUUGUAUAAAAAGAAAAUCAUUUUACAAAUUGUAUAAUGUACAAUGAUGACAAUGAAAAAAGAGUUUUAAUAAGCAGUUAUAGUAAUUAUAAUGAGGGUGUCCCUGGCUGUCGUAAGGUGCAGGGUGGGUCGAUGAUGUGUGUACACAUUGUUUUUCCGUUUUUUUGGGAUCUGUCCGUCAGAAAUGGUUUAAAUGGACAAAUCUGAUUGGAGGAAGGAGACGAGAUCAGAGAGAUUCAGUUUACAAUGGUGACAUGUUGGCAACACUAACAGGCGCAGUCUCCUUCCCCUCAUCAGGUUUAGUAAUAACCUUCCUGACAUCAUUAUAAGACUAUAAAAGUAAGGACAGCCCUCCCACAUUUUGUUUCUCACUGUCAGAAUGGAUUAUAUUCGUUUUCUUUUUUGUUCUUUUUCAGUUUUGUUGUUGAUUAUUUCUCAUAACCUAUUUUGCUUUGAACGCCUUAUUUGGGAUGCAGGUGCUUGCAUAGGCGCUUCCCCCACCAGUGCCUGAAAGACAGCAGUUUAGAGAUUUGUCUUUAACUCUGUAGCAUGAAGCUGCCUGAUCUCUCUUUGGUUUUGGGUGUUUGAUCUAAGGUGUUGACGCCCCCACCCCCCACCCCAGCAACAUUGAAACCUCAUUCAGAUAUUUUUAGAAGCUUGUCUGUCUCAAAAUAACCUGAUCGUCCUCAACCUGUCUCAGUUUCAUCCCCGGACUGUUUGAGGAGAAGCCGGCAGUUGCUGAAACGUUUUUUAUUGACAAUUACUUGCUAUUCCAAAUUGGCCUUGUAAACCACACAUUUACUUGAAAAGUUAAUUCGUAAUGUUUCGGGAAAAUGCUGGAGAUGUGCUGGAAGAUGUUUUGCAUCGAGAGCAGGACGUAUUUAAAGACAGGAAUAAAAUGUAGACUAGCAUGAGAAUGUGUUUGAGUUAACUGAAGACUGGCUCCUUUUUCUUUGUUGUUUGAGGUCGUAGCUCUGUACUGAGUUGCCUGUUAAGUGCUUUGACUGGUUUUGAUGCUUCUGUCUUUGUGCGUCCAGUGUAGACCUCUACCUGUGACAGAGCAGCUUCACCCUCUGGAUAAGUUCCCUCAGUUUUUUGUCCAUUUUAACACAGGGAGGGUUUAUUUAUACUCAAAGUUCAGCAGACUUUAUGGCACUUUUAUUUUGUAUAUCUAUCUUGUGAAAAUAAAAUCUUGCCCUCUGA